AUGAGCAAGUAUGGGUUGAAUCUUAGGCCUGCAAAGCCCAAAAAGCAGCUUCCAAGGCCUUCAAUUCCCCUUCCUUUUGGCUUUAAUGAAGACGAUGAUAACAAUGUUGAGAGAGAAAUUGCUAUCCAGGCUAGCAAGACUAAAAGUCUCAAGGAUGUCGAGGAGCAGCAAAAGAAAGCCUUGGAAGAAGAUCCAACCAUAUUUGACUAUGAUGGGGUCUAUGACAAAAUGAAAGAAAAAGUUUCCCGUCCAUUGAUACAAGAUCGUGAAGAGAGAAAGCCAAAAUAUAUUCAAAACCUGAUUCAGAAAGCAAAAGAGCGAGAGCAGUAUCGUGAGAUUGUAUAUGAGAAAAAGAUUGCCAAGGAGAGAAGCAAAGACGAUCAUCUCUUUGCUGACAAAGACAAAUAUAUCACAGAAGCAUAUAGAAAAAAGCUUGCUGAACGAGAGCAACAGAUGGAACUAGAACGUCUACGGGAACUUCAAGAGGAGAGAGAGGAUGUUACAAAGAAAAAGGAUUUUUUGGUUGAUUUUUAUACAAACCUUGAUAAAAAUGUUGCUUAUGGUGCAAAAGACGCUCAAAGGAGAAAACACGACAAUCGGGCCGAGAAUAGAGUUCCAGAGACACAUGAGGAAAUGAACCCUGAUGCAUCAAAUCCGCAACAUGAUGGUAAUACGGACGAAGAACAUUCAUUGACUAAGGAAACUUCACCAGCAGAGUCUUCAGGGAAAAAGAUUGGCGAUCAGGGCGAAACUUCCUGUCUUUCUAAUAGAAGUGUCAGUCCCUUGGAUAUGAAGCCAAAUCUCGCAGCUUCUGCAGAAGAAAAAAGUACAGUUGAGGAGCCAUCAGCUUCACAACCAAAUCCGGAGCAUCACAAAAGAAGUCAAGAUGCUGUGGCUGCAGCAAAAGAACGUUUUCUAGCACGUAAGCGAGCAAAGCAACAGUGA